AUGGCAAGGCUCACAUUCUUUUCAAUCCUCACACUCGCUUUCGCCCCUUGGGCCAACGCUCGUUACUCCCCCCGCUCACAAGUCAAUGUCGCCAUUCCUUUCGGUCCAAACCUUGCUGGUGGGUCAGAUUCGCAAGUACGACUGCAAGAAUACUGUGCCAACACUGAGGUCAACAUUAUCCCAAUCGCUUACUUGUCUGGCAUCUUGACCCCUGUCCUAUCUAUCGCGCAACCCGGCACCAACGCCCAGACCCAGGGUUCAAGCCUUCUCUACUACCCUGGUCUGGAGGAAGACAUCAAGAUCUGCCAACAGAGAUAUGGAAAAUCCAUCACGCUCGCCAUAGGAGGACCGGACUAUAGAGAAAAAGGGUUCCCCAGUGCUGCUUCCGCAGAAGCCGCUGCCAAGAACAUCUUCAAGCUAUUCGGGCCUUCUAUCAACACACCCAAACGCCCCUUCCGCAGCGCGGUCGUCGAUGGCUUCGACUUGAACUUCCCUAAGAAGGGCAAGAACUACUAUGCCUUUGCCCAGAAGUUGCGUGAGCUCAUUGACAAGAACAACCUGCACUCGAACUUUGCAAACUUCAACAUGCUCAGCUCUGGCGCCUCGGCGAUGCAGAAAUUGUUUCUCUCUGCCUCCCCGCAAUGUACCUUCCCGAGCGACGCCAUGACGGAAGUACUUUCCAAAGUUUACCUGGACUUGAUCAUUGUUCAAUUCACAAACGGCCAGUGUGGCGCGAAGAACUAUAUCCGCUCCUUGAAUCAGCCUAAGUUCAAUCUGAAAGUAUGGAACGACUACGCACGAUAUGUCUCUCCGAACAAGAACGUCAGAAUCUUUGUAGGCUUGAGCGCUAGCACCUCCAAUCGUGUUGAUGGUGAACAACUCAUUGCUCUCAUCGCAUAUGCUAAGCGGUUCAGCAACUUUGGUGGAGUACUACUCUGGGACCUUUCACAGGUGUACAGAGAUCUCGAAUGGCUGGAACUUAUCUACAAGUGCCUGACCGGAAAGAUUCAUCCAAAAACCACUCUGACAACCUCGACCACCUUGAGAACGUCUUCUGGCCGGACAUCACCUAUUCCGACCACCUCAACGCGCGAGAUUGGAUCUUCAUCCUCGUCUGUUGCUCCCAACACUGAGACUACAGAAACCUCAUCGUCAGUCAAGAGUAAUUCCAUCACUACUGACAUUUCGACUUCUAACGUCUAUCCCACUUACGUCUCGACAACCACAGCAACCACCAACGGAUCGACUACUUCUAGAGUAUCAAGCAGCACUAUCUCAACCACCACAGAAACGUCUACCAGCACGGAAUUGGCGGCUAGCACUGACACGUCGACCUCUAGCGUCUUGCCCACCGGUGUUUCUACUACCAAUGAAGUAUCAACCAGCACCGAAGCGCCGACAAGCACGGAAGUUUCAAGCAGCACAGAGGUCUCAACAACCAGCACCGAAGCAUCUACCAGCACCGAAGCGUCAACCAGCACAGAAGUAUCAACCAGCACAGAAGUAUCAACCAGCACAGAAGUAUCAACCAGCACAGAAGUAUCAACCAGCACUCAGGUCUCAACGACGAGUACUGAAGCGUCGACCAGCACUGAGGUGUCGACUAGCACGGAGGUAUCAAGUACCACAGAUGUAUCCACAGGCACUGAAGCGUCGACCUCGAGCGUCCUGCCUACUGAGGUAUCGACCAGCACUGGAGCGUCAACUACUACCGAAGGAUCAACUACUUCCGAAGGAUCAAUUACUUCUGAAGCAUCAACUACUACUGAUAUCUCGACUUCAAGCGCCUUGCCCACUGAUAUAUCAACCACGAGUGACGUUUCAACCAGCACUGAAGGGUCAACCACUGAAGUGGCAACCAGUACUGGGGUUUCGACCUCGAACGUUCUGCCCACCGACGUCUCGACUACUACUGACCUGUCGACGAGCGCCGAAGCCUCAACCACCACUGAGGCGUCGACCAGCACUGAGGUAUCAACUACUGAAGCCUCAAGCAGCACUGAGGUGUCAAGCAGCACUGAGACUUCCACCAGUACUGAAGCCUCAACCACCACUGAGGUGUCGACCAGCACAGAGGCAUCAAGCAGCACUGAGGUGUCAACCAGCACAGAGGUGUCAACUACUGAAAUGUCAACCAGUACUGAGACCUCCACCAGCACUGAAGUUUCAACCAGUACUGAGACCUCCACCAGCACUGAAGUGUCAACCAGCACAGAGGUGUCAACUACUGAAGUUUCAACCAGUACUGAGACCUCCACCAGCACUGAAGUGUCAACCAGCACAGAGGUGUCAACUACUGAAGUGUCAACCAGUACUGAGACUUCCACCAGUACUGAAGUGCCAACAAGCACAGACGUGUCAACUACUGACGUGUCAACCAGUACUGAGACUUCCACCAGUACUGAAGUGCCAACCAGCACGGUGUCAACUACUGAGGUGUCAAUCAGUACUGAUACUUCCACCAGCACUGAAGCUUCGACCUCAAACGUUUUGCCUACUGAGAGCUCGACCAGCACUGAGGCUUCGACCUCAAACGUUUUGCCUACUGAGAGCUCGACCAGCACUGAGGCUUCCACCAGCACUGAGGCGCCAACCACUGAAGCUUCGACUAGCACUGAGGCAUCGACCAGCGACGUUUCUACCACCACUACCACCGACGUGUCGACCUCAAAUGUCUUGCCCACUGAGACCUCAACUAGCAUCGAUGUGUCUACUACAGAUGCUUCGAGCUCUAUCAUCUUGCCUACUGAUGCAUCGACAAGUACUGAGAUCUCGACCACCACGGACGUCUCAACUUCGAACAUUCUGUCGACUGAAGUGUCUACUACAAGCACUAAGGUCUCGACGAGCACGGAAAGUUCGACUUCCGACGUUCUGCCUACAGAUGUCUCAACUACUACAGACACCUCAACAUCUAGCACUCUUCCUACCGAUGUCUCGACUACUACUGACGUCUCUACAACAAUUGACGUGUCGACUACAGCGGACAUCUCGACUAGCACUGACGUCUCGUCGACGGAAGCAACAUCUACGUCCCUGGCUACCACUACUGAAGGCUCUUUCACGACGCCCGAAACCAGCACAUCCACCGAGGGGCCUUCUUCAACAGAGAUCAGCUCCUCGGUCGAAACCACUGGUCCUUCGACUACUGAUACGUCUCUGCCAACCAGUACGGAGGUAAGCUCGACUGCGGACACUAGCACUACCUCUGCUGCUCCUACUGUCAGCACCACGACGACACUUUCGUCUGAAACGACCGAGACAACUUCUACCGCGGUUGAGUCGACUUCCAUCACUGAUGCCACAGCUACCACGUUGACCACUGAGGUUACCCCGACGGCGACUUCGACCACCGCCAUGACCGAGAGUACUGAAGUAGUCCCGACAACCACUGCCCCGCCGGAAUCGUCAGCCAUCCCGUCUUUGGUCACAGUCACCGUCACGGCAACAGCGCCAGUCUCGACUGUUACAGCUACUGUGACCGUCUCGGCGACACUGACAGUCGUUGCGACUGUUACCGCAAGCCAGCCUACUGCGACCGCUGUGCCACACUUCGGAGUAUGUGGCGGCCUCGGCUACACCGGUCCUACAGUGUGUGUCUCGCCUUACCGGUGCACGUUCGAGUCCGAUGAGGUGUCCUUCUGUCGAUAA